AUGCAUAAAGCUGAGAUUCGACAGCAUACUCAACAGCAUAAUCAACCGAAGCUAUUGUUUUCCAAGUAUGAACAAGGGAGGUCAAAUUUCCACAAUAUACAAACGCCGUCAUUCCGUGUGAGGGCAGGGACGUCACCCAGACGGAGCACACGUAUCGCUAUCCUGGGCUCGAAGCAAGUCGGCAAAUCCACGAUAGCGGAUUGGUUUGUCAACGAAUGGCUGGCGAAAGAGUUUGUUUCCACCAUAAGCGGCCAUCACCUUCUCAUGACUGACAGUAUGACUGUAGAUCUGAUCGACAACGACUACCAUGACCUACCAUUUACCAGCGUCAUGAAGAUGAAUCUUCGGCGAGCCGAUGGAUUUGUGUUAGUGUAUUCCGUUGACGAUGAGUCUUCGUUCGAAUACGUCCGACAGCAGAGGGAAGAGAUCAUACGCAUUCGCGGACACCAUCUGCCGAUAGUCGUCGUGGGGAACAAAACAGACCAACAGACCCGCCACAUAAAUCCGGUUGUUGCGGACUGCAUUGUCACAAUGGACUGGGAACACCAGCAUGUGGAAGUGUCCGCGCUGAAGAGGCGGGAGCUACAGGUCGUGUUUGAGGUGCUGUUCACCCAUCCGGUGAUCAGGCAAAAGACCGGAUAUUGUAGCAUCAAACGCGACCGGGCCAAGUCCCUACCCAACUGUGAGAUGCCUAUUUCAAAAUCACGAAAGGGGGUCAACUCAUUUAUGAAAUUCAUCAACGUCUUGAAAAGGAAGGAGUCCAGCGACAGCCUGACACCAGCCGGUACAAAAAGCAAGAAACUGUUGAAUAGGAAGGUGCCAUGCAAAUAA